AUGACUGACGACGAUCCUAGUGCCGCUGUUAAGGAUGGAUCUGCCAAUGACAAUCCGGAAACAGGUUCCUCGACUGUUGUUGAUGAACCUUCACAGAAACUGGUGGAUGUAAAUUCCAAUGGCGAUAGCUUGGAAGAGAUUGCUCUAAAAGAGGAUCACAAGGAUGAUACCCCUAAAGAUAAAGUGAAUGAAGGGCCAAGUGAAGAAUCUACUACUAAUACUUCUAAUAAUAAUAAUGACGAGGAUGAUAAAGCUAAUCUUGCGAAAGAUAAGGAAGAUGAAUUGGAUGAGAAAAAGACUGAUGAAAAACAUGAAGGUGUUGAACCACCUCAAGUUCCUGAAAAAGAUGUACCUAAUACCCAACAAAAAGAAAAGCUUCAAGACGAAGAAAAAGUAGAUAAUGCCCCAGAUUCGACACCAAUACCCUCUAAUGGACAAGCAGAGUCAAAUGGAGCCACUACCCCUACGAUUCCACAAACACCAGAAAUUUCAAUUCAUGAAGAUACCACCUCAGGCCACCCGCUGCGUGUUGCCUCUUUAUCUUCUCGAACUCACACUCGCCAGCAAUCAACUGUUUCUUUAAGCUCGAAUGCUACAGUUGACAAUACCCAAAUAUUCAAGAAAACAUUUGAUCUCAUUAUGAUGAGUAAGGAAGCAAAAAAAAAUGAAGAAUUGAAAAAUUCAGUACAAAAAGCAAUUGAUUCAUUGAAUGAUAACAAUUCAAGAGAUCCUCACGUAUUAUUUAACGCUUUAAAACUCACUUGUGAAUCUUCUAGUAAUGAUUUAAAGUCAAAGGCUGUUGAUUUAUUCGCAAAAUUGUUUGAUUACGCGCUGUUUGAUGAUGAUGAAGAUAAAGUCAGGUUAACAGAUGACUCAGUCGACGUUGUCGCAUCUUGUUUCGAUGGUGAAGGUACUGACCCUGAAGUUGAAUUACAAGUUGUAAGAGCAUUAAUGCAUAGUAUUUUACUUAUGCCUUGCCAUGGUGCUUCUCUAUUAAAAGCAGUAAGACAGAUUUACAAUGUUUUUAUUUUCUCAUUGGUCCCACGAAAUCAAGCAGUAGCCCAGGGUAUAUUGACUCAAGUGAUAGGAGCAGUUUUCCAAAGAAUCACAGAUUCUUUAAGUUCAAGAAGCAAAACUAGUAGUACCCUUAACUUGAAAUCCCUGGCUGGAAGUAAAGAUGACCUUGCCGAAACCUCAGGCACUGGUGUUAAAUUAACUCUUGAGAAUUUGGAAAACUUCAACAAUGAAGCUAAUGAUUUAGAUCGCGUUGAUGAAGCUAAUAAAGCCAGCGAGAAGGAUGAAGAUUUAGCUGUGAAAGAUGCUUUCUUAAUUUUUAGAUCCAUGUGUAAGCUUUCGAUCAAAUCUUUAGAUUCCGAAACUUUAGAUAUGAGGUCUCAUUCAGUAAGAUCAAAGCUAUUAUCCUUACAUAUUAUCCAUACUAUUCUCAGAGAAAAUAUUGAUAUUUUCUUAAAUCAUGACGUUGUAUUAUUAUCAUCCAACAAUAAACCAGCUAGAUUAAUCAAUACAGUUAGAGAUUAUCUUAGUGUUGCAAUUGCUAGGAAUGCUGCAUCUCCGCUAGCACCCGUUUUUGAAUUAACUUUGGAAAUUCUCUGGUUAAUAAUUUCUAAUUUAAGAUCUGAGUUCAAAGACGAAAUUCCAGUUUUCUGGGAUGAGAUAUAUUUCCCAGUUGCAGAAAUGAAAACUUCCACUCCACACCAAAAAAGAUAUUUAUUAUCAAUCAUAGAAAGACUUUGUAAUGAUUCUCGAUGUAUCAUUGAAUUUUACUUAAAUUAUGACUGUGAUAGUAAUAUGUCAAAUAUAUGUGAAAAAUUAAUUGACUAUCUUACAAAGCUAUCUCUAGCAAGAGUAGAGGUGACAGCUAAUCAGAAAGCAGCGUACCAAGAAAACAAAAGAAAGGGUAUAUCUGUCUAUGAUAUCAAUAAAAUAGCUAAUUUGACUACUAGUACUAUGACAUCAAAACCACCUGAACCGGAUAUUUAUAAUCAUUUCCCAUUAGAAUAUGCAUUAAAGAUGACCUCGAUUAGUUGUUCUGUUGCAUUUUUAAGAUCAUUGUAUUCAUGGGCUCAAAAAGGGAUCAAUUCCAAUAAAAAAUUAGAAAAUGUAUCAAAUGGUUUACUUUCAAAUGGAAGAGAAAGAUCAGCUACUGUUGAUUCGGGUAACUCAACUGCAAAUAAUUCCAGAAAUCCUUCUUUCAUUGGGACUAAUAAUGGAACCAAUGAGGCUGUUAAUGAGACAGAUGAUCCUGAACAGUUUGAAAGCUUGAAACAACGUAAAAAACAACUCUUGGAAGGCAUUAAACAAUUCAACCAAAAGCCAAAGAAGGGUAUUAAGUACUUCUUGGAUAAUGAAUUCAUCAAACGAGAUGAUCCCCGUGAAAUUGCAGUCUUCCUAUUAGAAACCGAUGGUUUAGAUAAAGCUACAAUUGGUGAAUACUUGGGUGAAGGUGACGAGAAAAACAUUGCUAUCAUGCAUGCCUUUGUUGAUGAAAUGGAAUUCACCAAUGCCGGAUUCGUUGAUGCAAUGAGACGCUUUUUGCAAUCAUUUAGAUUGCCCGGUGAAGCUCAAAAGAUUGAUAGAUUUAUGUUAAAAUUUGCCGAAAGAUAUGUUUUGGGUAACCCAACUGUUUUCCGUAAUGCUGAUGCUGCCUAUAUCUUAUCGUACUCAGUGAUUUUAUUGAAUACUGAUUUACACUCACCUCAAAUCAAAAAUAGAAUGACGGUGGAAAGUUUCAUUAUGAAUAAUUCGGGUAUUAAUGAUGGUCAAGAUUUACCAAAAGAGCUUUUGACUAGUAUUUAUGAUGAGAUUCAACUGAAUGAAAUUAAAUUACAAUCUGAACAACACGCUGCUUUAUUAGCUGGUGACUUGAAUGUUGCAAAUAACUCUAAUCAAUCUGUUGGUUUCUUUGGUGGGCGUGAUUUGAGCCGUGAAGCUUACAUUCAUGCAUCUAAAGAAAUGUCAACAAAGACAGAAAAAUUAGUAAGAAAUUUAGGGAAAAAGCUUAAAUCAGAUGACGCCAGCGGUAACAGUAUUUUCUAUGCAGCCUCUCAUGUUCAUCAUGUUAAAUCAAUUUUUGAUACUUUAUGGAUGUCCAUUUUGGCCGGAUUAACUCCUCCAUUCAAAGAAUAUGACGAGGAUGAUGUUCUGAAAAUAUGCUUAGAGGGUAUCAAGUUAUCUAUCAAAAUUGCUUGUAUGUUUGACUUGGACUAUGCAAGAACUUCCUUCAUUGGUGCUUUAGUUCAAUUCGAAAAUUUGAAUAAUUAUGAAGAAAUGAAACCAAAGAAUGUUCAAGCUAUUUAUAUAAUGCUUGAUAUUGCCGUAAGUGAAGGUGAUAAUUUGAAGAAUGCUUGGAUUCAAAUAUUGACCUCCAUUUCACAAUUGGAAAGACUACAAUUGAUAGCUCAAGGUGUCGAUCAGGAUUCUAUUCCUGACGUUUCUGUGGCUAAGCUAGUCAAUAGAUCCUCUCUUGAAAGCUCAGCUGCUCAUGCAAGUAAUUCAAGCUUCUUUUCUUCAUUUACUAAUUCUACUACAGCAUCGCAAAAUGCAGCUAACAAGUUUUACAAUCAGCAUUUGACUCCACAAGCUGCAUAUUUGUUAUCGCAAACUGCUUUAGAAGUUUCCAUUGAUAAGGUAUUUACCAAUAGUGCUAAUUUAUCCGGUGAAAGUAUGGUCGAUUUUGUUAAAGCAUUGAGUGAAGUUUCGUCUGAAGAAAUUGAGUCAUCAGGUCAAAGUGCUAAUCCAAGAAUGUUUUCAUUGCAAAAAGUUGUUGAUAUUUGUUACUAUAAUAUGAAUCGUAUUCGUCUUGAAUGGUCACAAUUAUGGUCUAUAAUGGGUGAAACAUUUAAUAAAGUUGGUACUCAUUCAAAUCUGGCUAUAGUAUUUUUUGCUUUGGAUUCAUUAAGACAAUUAUCCAUGAGGUUUUUAGAUAUUGAUGAAUUGUCACAUUUCAAAUUUCAAAAAGAAUUUUUAAGACCCUUCGAGCAUAUAAUCAUUUAUAACAAUUCAAUUGAGGUCAAAGAUAUGGUAUUGGAAUGUAUUAAUAAUAUGAUUUUAGCAAGAGCCACACAAAUCAAAUCAGGAUGGAAAACAAUUUUUGGAGUUUUGACUGCUGCAUCAAAGGAACCUCGUGAGUCAUUAGUAUCAAAAACUUUCAAGAUGGCAAGUUGGAUUAAUAAUGAAUUUGCUGAUGAAGUGACUAACCAAGAAUCAUUUGCUGAUUUAGUGGUGUGUUUCACUGAAAUUGCAAAGAAUGAAAAAUUCCAAAGACUUAGUUUACUAUCAUUGGAAGUGUUACUGAAAUUAAUCAAACAAGUUGCUGACCUCAGUUUUAGUAAACAUGAAAGUAAUGGAAAAUCCUUAACUGUUACUAAUAAGGAUGGAAAGAAUGAUAAAAAUGAUAAUUUGGUAAGACUUUGGUUCCCUGUAUUAUUUGGAUUUCAUGAUAUUAUAAUGACUGGAGAAGAACUAGAAGUUAGAUCUAGAGCAUUGACUCAUUUAUUUGAUAGUUUAUUAGAAUAUGGGGCAUAUUUUGAAAAUGAUUUUUGGGAUUUGAUUUGUCGACAAUUAUUAUUUCCAAUUUUCAGUGUUUUAAGUAAUCAUUGGGAAUUAAAUAAUAUCGACGAAAGUUAUACCAGCGCUCCAGGAAGCCCAUCAAGUACUUCAAGUAUGACACCAAAAGAUAUUGAUCGAUUAAGUGUAUGGUUAUCGACCACUUUGAUCCAAGCAUUAAGAAAUAUGAUCUCAUUAUUCACUCAUUAUUUCGAAUCAUUAAGCAGGAUGAUUGAAGGAUACCUUGAAUUAGUUAUAUCAUGUAUUUGUCAAGAAAAUGAUACAAUUGCAAGGAUCGGUAGAUCCUGUUUAUAUACAUUAUUGAUUGAUAAUAGUACCAAAUUCAAUAAUGAUCAAUGGAGUCUUAUUAGUGAUGCAUUUGAAAAUUUAUUUGAUUUAACUACCGCUAAAGAAUUAUUUACAUCUGAUCCAUUAAAACAAAGUAAUUAUAUUGAAGAUCGAGAAGAUAAUGAUGUUGGAUCAACCAUUGAUUUGAAUGACCCAAGUUCACCAAAAGUUAAUAAGCUUUCUAGUAGUAUAGUUGAUGAUACUGAAGCUAGAUUAAGAAAAUCUCGAGAAAAAUCUCUGAUUGUUGUCAAAUGUGUAUUACAAUUAUUAAUGAUAGAAACCUUGAGUGAAUUAUUCGAAAAUGAAAUUUUUUAUGAAAGUAUUCCUUAUAAUUAUUUGAUUAGAUUAGCUAAUCUAUUAAAUGAAAGUUAUAAAUUUGCUAAGAAAUUUAAUGAUGAUUAUGAUUUAAGAGUCAGAUUAUGGAAUGCGGGUGUUAUCGAAAGAUUACCUAAUUUAUUAAAACAAGAAUCAAGUUCUCUGGCAGUUUAUUUAAACAUAAUGUUUAGAAUGUACUGUGAUGAUGAUAAGACUUCAACUCAAACUAAAAAAGAUAUUUUGAAUUCAAUCAUUCCAUUGUGUACUACAAUCAUCGAAAGGUACACCGAAUUCGAUGAAACAAACCAACAAAGAAAUAUUUCUACUUGGAAACCAGUCAUUGUUGAAAUAUAUCAUGGUUACGUUGAGCUCGAUGAGGAUGAUUUCCUCAAAUACACUCCAGUAUUAUAUGAGUUAACCUUGAGUUUAUUUUCCAAAAGCAUGAGUUCCGAUCUCAGGGCUGCUGUUAAGGGCUUCUUGGGAAGAGUCGGUGAUGCUUUUGUUAAUAAAGCUCAAGAAUAG